AUGGCUCAUGGCUUCGUUCUCUUCCUCUUAUUCUCCUACAUUAUAUCUAUAAAUAUUCAUGCCUGCAACCAAAUUGAACGCUGCUCCCUCCUGUCCUUUGCCUCCACUCUCUCUUCUCCUCCUUUAAAUUGGACAUCACUUGAUUGCUGUCACUGGAAGGGCAUCACUUGUGAUCAAGAUGAUUGGGUCACCCAUUUGCUCUUACCUUACAAAGGGCUCAAAGGAGGUAUCUCUCCCUCUUCACUUAGAAAUGUCACACAUCUCACCCACUUGAACCUUUCCCACAACUCACUAUAUGGUUCACUUGAGACUCAAUUCUUGUUGUCUUUGAAUCGUCUUGAGAUCCUUGAUUUGAGCUAUAACCAUCUUUAUGGGGAGCUACCACUUUCUCUACCAUCCAGCAAAAUUCGGAUAGUCGAUUUGUCGAGCAAUCUCUUCUUUGGAGCAAUUCCAUCUUCAUUCUUCCAACAAGCAAGAAACUUGAUUAGUUUCAAUGUCAGCAACAAUACCUUCACAGGGUACCUAAAAGCCAUUGCAUUGACUAGAAAUCAUCUAGAGGGGCAAAUACAAAUUGAGAUUCUUUCAUUGAAAUCCUUGUCCUUCCUCACCCUUGGUUACAACCGAUUCACCAACCUCACAGGCACAAUGAAGAUAUUGAUGAGUUGCAAAAGCCUUCACACACUCUCACUUAUUGGUUCCUUUGUGGGUGAGGGAAUGCCAUUUGAUGAUGGGAUGGUUGAUUUUGACGGAUUCCAAAAUCUUCGAGUAUUGAAUAUGGCUAGUACUAAUCUCAUGGUGAAAUACCUGUGUGGUUAUCGAAGCUCAAGAAUCUAG